GUGUGUUGCAUAAAGAUGAAAAUUCUUUUAACCAUAACCGUUGCUUUUCAGGGUGUCACGUAUCCCGCUUGCCAUGGAAUCUGGAGGUACUGGGCCCCGCCAAUGGAAAGAAGUCGCUUGGCAACCAUUGCCUUCUGCGGCUCAUAUGCUGGAGCUGUCCUGGGUAUGCCACUGUCUGGAAUGCUUACGGAUUAUAUCAGCUGGCAAGCCUGUUUCUAUAUAUAUGGUGUCUUUGGCUUGAUUUGGUACAUCUUCUGGAUGUGGUUCACCUUCGAGAGACCCUCCACACAUCCAACCAUUAGCCAAGAGGAACUGAUCUACAUCGAGAACAGCCUGGGCCAAAUGGCCACGUCACUCCCAACAGUCUCUGGCACAUCUACGACUAAAAAUCAAGCCACAAGCAUCACUUCAAUACUCAAAACCACGCCUUGGAAAGCUAUGUUCACCUCUAUGCCUGUGUAUGCCAUCAUCAUUGCCAACUUUUGCCGAAGCUGGACAUUUUACCUCUUAAUUUUAUCUCAGCCCAUGUAUUUCAGUGAAGUACUUGAGUUAAAAGUUGAUCAGUCAGGGAUUGUGGGAGCUUUACCGCAUCUUCUGAUGACAAUCGUCGUCCCCAUCGGUGGUUAUCUGGCUGAUAUGCUUAGAAGACGAGAGAUCUUGACAACAACGGGAGUUAGGAAGUUGUUCAACUGUGGUGGUUUCGGUCUGGAAGCAAUGUUUCUGCUCGUCGUCGCCUAUACGAGAAGUAAAGCCGUUGUCAUCAUUGCUCUCACUUUAGCAGUUGGUUUCAGUGGCUUUGCGAUAUCCGGUUUUAACGUCAAUCAUCUUGACAUUGCGCCCCGUUACGCAAGUAUUCUGAUGGGGAUGUCAAAUGGAUUUGGAACAUUGGCUGGUAUGAUCUGUCCAAUAGUAGAAGAAAACAUAACAACCGAAGGAACACCUGAUGAGUGGCAACGUGUCUUUCUAAUCGCCAGUAUGAUUCAUUUCGCUGGGGUAAUAUUUUAUGGCGUGUUUGCUUCAGGAGAGAAACAGAAGUGGGCCGAGCCCCCCGACGAACAAAAUCCUGAAGAAGGUCCUUCCUGGAAUCCGUUGGAACAUGCCUUCACCACAACCACCAUAGACAAGCAGCCAAAUGGCGAUGUCACGACCUCCUUCAGCGAAAUCAAGCAGCCGACAUACGGUUCAACAACGACAGCCAUAGACACGCGUGAGGAGCUAGCUCAGCCUCCACCACGGGACACCUACCUACAUGGAGGUGUAGGUGCCAGAGACCUUUAAAAAUUACCGUAAUAGAUAAAUUACAGUCCAAAUCGUUGAAACGAAUUUUCUUUGUGUUUCUUUAAUUUUCAGGAAUACAAGAGUUGGACUGUCCAAGAUUGUUGUUUUUUAUUAUUUAUUUUUUACAGAUGUUGUUUCUGAGUAUUCUUAACCGGAGAUGGAUGUUUAUUUUUUAAGAUAAUUUCUCUUGAAGCCACGUACGUAUAAUUGAAGAAAGUAGUAGCACGCACGCGCAAAGGCUUGAUUUCUUAGUUUCUUUCUGAAUUUCAGUGCAUCGUUGCUAUAAGUCGUACAGGAUCGAAUAUUAAAAUACAUCUAUUUUAUCCAGUCUUGUUAUGAUAGAAAGAAAAAGCUUGAAACAAAGUGUUAGCGUCUCUAUCUUCCUGUAUGCCGUUACUGAAUCUUUCAGAUGGUAACUGUUUCCUCGAGUUGAAAUGUAUAGAGUUCUUUUCUGUUUGAAAAUUCUCAAGGCACAACCUCAUCAGUAGAACAAAGUUGUGUCUUAAGUAUCUUGUGAUAUCAAUUAUAUGAACGAACUUCAGAUACAUUUUUAAAUACUUACGAAACUUUCAGUUGAUAAAAAAUGUGUUUUGAGCAUUUUCUAAUAUCAAAUAUGUGAAUAAAGUUGAAGUACAUUUCUAAAUAUGAA